AUGUCGUCUUUCAACGAUGAAGAAGGUAAUAAUGAACGGGCUAUCAGGCCGAUUAAAACAUCCGACAAGUCGAAGAUAGUUGCAUUGCCGAGAACUCUGACGACUAGGAAGGAAAUACGUUCCAUUCUUCCUGAGGAUGAAUACAUUGACAAGCUUGACCAAAUCAUAACGAAAAAUUAUUUCCCAGAAGUAAAUAAAAUGAAGGCUCAAAUAGAAUAUGUCAACGCUGUGACAAACAAUGAUGUUGUGAAAAUUAGAGAGUUGCAACAUCGAUUCAACACCCAAAGACGUACGGAUAGGAGAACAUCUCCAUCUUAUCGGAUGGGUACACAGCCUAAGGAUGUGUUACCUUCUCCGGCUCAGUUUGAUCCUGACACGCCAGGACCUAGUCGUGGACGAGCAAACUCUCCUCCGCGAUACACAAAUAUCGAAGGAAAUAAUGACUUGUAUAUGGAGAAGAAGAAGCUUAAAAAAGAUAAAGAUGUUGAGAACUUGUCUAUCGAUGGCUUCUUCAGCAAAUACACAUCAGAAGACAAUGCUUCGUUUGAAGAAUUAGCGGUUAUGGCUCAGAAAAGAGAGCAGGAGAAGAAUAAAUGGAUUUAUGAGGCAGCUGAAAAACAUAAUAAGGAGUUAGUUGUUCAACAAGCCAUAGCUGCUGACGCUGAUGUGCAAUUAGCCUUGAAAUAUGAAAGAGAGGCCAAAAAUGAUAAACCAUUAGCGCUAGACAAUUGGGCCUUCAAAGCACGAAGCAGUGUUCUGUUUUAUCCAGAAGGGGCUGAGUUGACAGUUGAAGAGAAAGUAGAACAAGCUAAACGUAAUCAAAGGAUCAUUAAUAAAGAAGCCACGAGAUUCCCGGAUGAUGUCAAAAAUAAAGUGAAUACUUCAUCUGUAAACAGAACCUCGAUUCUACAAGCUGCUUUCAACUCCGGAAAAGUUGAUAUCACGGGUAAAGAAGCAGGAGCUCCACAAAUGGACGUUUUGGCUACACCUACUCCUGCGCCAGGAGUGGAUGACACUCCUCUGAUGACCUGGGGAGAAAUCGAUGGAACACCAUUCCGGCUAGACGCUACUGAUGUAGUCUGCCCUCCCGAGGAUGCUCCUGCUUUCAAGAUGCCAGAAGUGCCUCAACGAGAGUUAGUUGCUCAGGGAAUGACUGAUAAAAUAUCCAAGCAGUAUAGAGAGCGCAAACGAGCGGCUAUGGAAAUUGCUGAGAGGGCACACAAAACCCCUUCCUUCGGAUCUGUCAGAUCAACAAACGCUAGGAGUAUAUUCUCUCCAGCAGCUAAGCAACUUUCCAACAAGCUAGGGAUCCGUUUAGGAUCAGGUAGCAGCUUGCUCAGGAAAGAACCAAUAACACCAAAUGUUCGAACGCCUUGGUCUACUAGCUCUGCUCACUGUGCUUCACCUAGUAGUGUAUCAUCAAUGGUCAGAUUGAAGAAACCUCCGCCAAAGAUCUCGAUCACGGAUAACUUGAUGAAUAUUAAUGAUGCGGGAACUGGCGACGACGAGUCGAUGAAAGGAGCUUCACGACCCAAAGCAAGCGACUUCUUCUAA